AUGGAGACCCCACAGAAGGACACGGAAGCCCCAGAGGCCACAGCCCAGGACGAGGACACUCCACAGGGCCCACAGCCAGAAGAGAGGGACGAGACCACAGCUUCAGCCCCACAGACGCGCUUGUCCCUCACCAUGCAGUCCUACAUUCUUCUUCUCUCCACUUUCCUCCUGUCUAUCCUCCCCGGCUGUUUCUCUCAGAGCGAGCUGGACCUGGUUGUCCAGACCCGUACCGGUCGAGUUCAGGGUAUCCGCCAGCAGCUUCCAGACCGCAGCCACAUCACCGCCUUCCUGGGCAUCCCCUUCGCCGAGCCGCCGCUGGGCAAGCGCCGCUUCCGUCCUGCUGAGCCCAAGCGCCCCUGGACGGGGGUGUUCGAAGCCAACGCCUACCCCAACGCCUGUUACCAGUAUGUGGACACGUCCCUGCCCGGGUUCCAGGGCGCUGAGAUGUGGAAUCCCAACACAGAGAUGAGCGAGGACUGCCUGUACCUGAAUGUGUGGGUGCCGUCCUCGCCCAAACCCCACAACCUGACGGUUAUGGUGUGGAUCUAUGGUGGAGGGUACUACAGUGGCUGCUCCUCGCUGGAUGUGUAUGACGGUCGCUACCUAGCUCACACUGAGACAGUCAUCGUUGUGUCCAUGAACUACCGGAUCGGGGCCUUUGGCUUCCUGGCUCUGCACGGCACCUCUGAGGCUCCUGGGAAUGUGGGUCUGCUUGACCAGAGAAUGGCCCUACAGUGGGUGCAAGAUAACAUCCAUUUCUUCGGUGGAAACCCAAAACAGGUGACUAUCUUUGGAGAGAGUGCUGGUGGUGCUUCAGUAGGAUUCCACCUGCUAUCUCCAGACAGCAGGCCCACUUUUACAAGGGCCAUUCUCCAGAGCGGGGUCCCCAACGGCCCCUGGGCCACAGUCAGUCCUGCCGAGGCCCGCAGACGGGCCACCCUGCUGGCUAAGCUGGUGGGCUGUAAUGGAGGAAACGACACUGAACUGGUGGACUGCCUGCGGGGGAAACCACCACAGGAGCUGAUCGACCAGGAGUGGCAGGUGUUGCCGUGGUCGGCUCUGUUCCGGUUCUCAUUCGUUCCUGUAGUGGAUGGGGAAUUUCUGCCUGACACCCCCGAGGCUAUGCUCAACUCGGGCAACUUUAAGGACACUCAGAUCCUGCUCGGGGUCAACCAGGACGAGGGCUCCUACUUCCUGCUGUACGGAGCACCUGGCUUCAGCAAGGACAAUGAGAGCCUCAUCUCCAGAGACGACUUCCUGGAAGGUGUCAAGCUGAGUGUGCCGCAUGCCAAUGACAUUGGCCUGGAGGCGGUGGUGCUGCAGUACACAGACUGGAUGGAUGAGAACAACGGGGUGAAAAAUCGGGACGCCAUGGAUGAUAUUGUGGGGGACCACAAUGUCAUUUGCCCGCUGGCCCAUUUCGCCCGCUCUUACGCCCAGCGCCAUGCUCUCAAGGCCAACGUGGGCGGGGCUGGCUUCAGCCCGAUGAACAGUGCUGGGAACUCACAGGGAGGAGUGUACCUCUACCUGUUUGACCAUCGGGCCUCCAAUUUAGCCUGGCCAGAGUGGAUGGGUGUGAUCCAUGGCUAUGAAAUCGAGUUCGUCUUUGGUUUGCCUCUGGAAAAGCGCCUUAAUUACACCCUGGAAGAAGAGAAACUGAGUCGCCGCAUGAUGAGAUAUUGGGCCAACUUUGCACGGACAGGCAAUCCCAACGAGGGGCUGCCGGACAGAGGCCGGCGCUGGCCCGUCUUCACGGUCAGCGAGCAGAAACACGUGGGCCUCAACACGGAACCGCUGAAGAUCCACAAGGGUCUGCGCAACCAGAUGUGCGCUUUCUGGAACCGCUUCCUCCCCCGCCUGCUCAACAUCACCGGUAAACACUGCCCCCCCCCCCCUCUCCUCCAGUCCCGGGCCCGGGCCCUGGUCACCACGCUGACCGGGCCUGUCUGUGGGGAGCAGGUCCCACUCAGAGCUCAUCCAGACACAGGUCAAAGGUCUCUGCUAACUAGCCUGAUUUGUCUCUGCUCCUCCUCAGACAACAUCGAUGAGGCGGAGCGCCAGUGGAAGGUGGAGUUCCACCGCUGGUCCUCCUACAUGAUGCACUGGAAGAGCCAGUUUGACCACUACAGCAAGCAGGAGCGCUGCUCUGACCUCUGA